AUUACUUAUUAUUAACUAAUUAUUCUUAUCAACACUUUGAUUUUAUAUCUUGUAUUUUGAUUUUCUUUUAUUUCAGCAUUAGUUUCUGAGGUGAAGGAGGGAGGUAGGUGAGUUAGGAAGACAAUUCUCUCUUUCCACCUCUGAAACCCUACUUUCAUUAUAUGGGUAUAUGCGUGUGAACAGUGCUCUGAUCUUCUAAUUUCUUCUGGGUAUAGAAUUCUGCAAAUUCUAUUUCUCUCUCUCCUCUUCUUCUCUAAUUGUCACGUUCCAUCUUCACUUUUCUUUGGUUGAGCUAACAGUUUAAAUCUGGGUUCUUGUGUUAUAACGUAUUUCUGGUUGUUAGUGGUGUGUUCUGUCUUCUAAGUCUCAGAAAUUAUAUAGACAAUUUAUCAGACAUGUGUAGUCAACCUGAACAGAUUUCCAAUGCUGAUGAUUCUUUUAAUAAAAUCGUGGAUGAAAUUCGACAAAUUUUCACUGAUGAAUCUGAAAUUGAAAAUUUGAUCACGGAAAGAGUUCUUACAGAUUUGAUAAAGCGUUGUGCGGAGUGCAAGAAAGUGUCAAAGGUUAACGAUGGUGGAGUUAAGUUCUUCAAUGCUGCAUGUAUUCAUAAGAAGAAAAGAUCGAUUCGAAAACGGGCAGGGAAGGUUUCUGAAUCUUUAAUUCAAUUAGGAAGGAGCUUAACUGAAAGAAAGCCUGUAACAUCAAACGUGAGAAGCUAUAUCACGAGCAGGUUGAAGAAAGAAGUGGAAAAUAGAAGGAAACAGAAGAGAAAGAUUGUUGAAAGGCCACAACAAGAUUUGGAACCGACGAUGCCUGAAAAGUUCAAAAGGAUAAUCAACGAGAUGAAUGGUAUGAAAACUAGGUUUGUCAUGAAGAAAAUAUUGACAGGAACAGAUGUAGCCAAGGUAAACAAUCGUUUAUCGAUACCGAGGAAGCAAAUGAGGAAUUGUAACUUCGUUGAAAAAGAGGAGAUGGAGAUUCUAAAUAAGAAGAAAGGAAUAAAGGUUAAUGUAGUUACACCAUCAAUGGAAACCGUGGAGUUGGAAUUGAAGAAGUGGGUCAUGGGUUCAACCUACACUUAUAAUUUGAUUGGGGGUUGGAUUAAGAAAGUGGUGGAUAAAGAAGCCAAUCAACUGCAACCUGGAAGAUUGGUGAGACUUUGGUCUUUUCGACAAGAUUCAAAGUUGUGCUUCGUAUUGGAUAAUGAAGGAUGUUGAACUAAUUUGAUUAUUUUGUUGUCUUAAUCUUAUAAAGUGACUGUUGUCAUUUAAUAUCUUAUUAAUUUGCGACAAUGCAGUUGUUUUAAGAACUAGUUUGAGAUA